CUCUCUCUCUCUCUCUCUCUCUCAAAGCUCUUCUCCGACCAUGCUCUCCAAGUCAACCCUCCCCCUCCAUCGCCUCCCACCACCACCACGCCCCUCCGCCGUCCUCUCCGGCGCCGGCGCCGCCUCCGCCCGCCUCCCGCGGCAGCGGCAGCGCGGCCUCCCGAUCGCCACCGUUCGCGCGGUGAUCGGCAGCGAGGACAGGAGCUCCGCCGCCGCAGCCCCGGCGGCGGGGGAGCGGGAGCGGCGGCGGCCUCCGGCGGUGGCGCCGGGGGAGGAGGGGAUCGCGGUGAGGGCGGUGGUGACGGUGCGGAAGAAGGAGAAGGAGCGGCUGGCGGAGAAGGCGGAGGGCCGGUGGGAGCACUUCAUCAACGCCAUCGGCCAGGGUAUCGUGCUCCAGAUCGUCGGCGACGAGCUCGAUCCCGAUACCAAAUCAGGAAAGCGGAGUGCAGAGGCUGCUGUGAGAGGUUGGUUGCCAAAGCCGUCGAACCAUCCUUCUAUUGUCGAAUACGCCGCCAACUUCACCGUGCCGUCGAAUUUCAGCCGUCCCGGUGCUGUUAUAAUCACGAAUCUUCAUAGCAAGGAGUUCUACCUUGUUGAGAUCGUUGUUCACGGUUUUAACGACGUCCCAGUUCAUUUUCCCGCAAAUUCGUGGAUCCAUUCUCGGAACGAUAACCCGCAGAGCAGAGUUAUAUUCAGCAAUCAGGCAUAUUUACCUUCACAAACUCCAGCUGGUCUAAAGGACCUGCGAGAAGAUGUUUUACUUCGGCACCGUGGCAAUGGAAGGGGUGAGCGAAAGAAAUUCGAGAUGGUCUACGACUACGCGCCUUAUAAUGACCUGGGCAAUCCCGAUAAGGAUGACGAUGUUGCGAGACCAGUUUUAGCUGGACCAGAGAGGCCGUAUCCUCGACGAUGCCGGACUGGUAGACCACCAAGCAAAUCAGAUCCGAGUGCGGAGAGCAGGGUUGAGAAGCCCCAUCCAGUUUACGUCCCGCGAGACGAAACUUUUGAGGAAGUCAAGCAAAACACAUUUUCUUCUGGGGCCAUGAAAGCACUUCUUCACAACCUCAUACCUGCGCUGGUGGCCGCGCUUUCGAGCUCGGACGCCCAAUUCCAGUGCUUUUCUGACAUCGACAGGCUCUACAGAGAUGGGGUUGUCAUUAAGAACGAAGAACACGGAGCCGCUCAAAAGCUGAUCCUUCCUUCGAUGUUUCAAGGCAUUGUGAGCAUGAGCGAGAGGCUUAUGAAGUACGACAUCCCAUCGAUUAUAUCGAAGGAUAGGUUUUCGUGGUUGCGCGACAAUGAGUUUGCUCGCCAAACACUAGCCGGUGUUAAUCCCGUUGAUAUUGAGAGACUGAGGGAGUUUCCUAUUCUCAGCAAGUUGGAUCCUGCAACUUAUGGUCCCCCGGAAUCUGCAAUAACAAAGGAAUGCUUGGAGCAUGAACUAAACGGAAUGAGCCUCGAAGAGGCAAUCGAGAAUAAUAGGCUGUUUAUGCUCGAUUACCACGAUCUUCUUUUGCCCUUCGUGAAAAAAAUCAACUCGCUGAAGGGACGGAAAACCUACGCUUCGAGAACGAUUCUCUUCCACACCCGAAAUGGUUUACUAAGACCGAUCGCCAUUGAGCUCAGCUUGCCGCCUACCCCUUCCUCUCCUUCGCGCAAAAGAGUGUACACGCAUGGGCACGAUGCGACGACCAACUGGAUUUGGAAAUUGGCCAAAGCUCACGUCUUCGCAAAUGACGCUGGUGUCCAUCAACUCGUAAACCAUUGGCUGAGAACUCAUGCUUGUAUGGAACCAUACAUCAUCGCGACUCACCGACAGCUUAGCUCCAUGCACCCGAUAUUCAAGCUGCUCCAUCCGCACAUGCGAUACACCAUGGAGAUAAAUGCGUUGGCGCGCCAGAGUUUGAUCAACGGAGGCGGCAUCAUCGAGAAUUGCUUCACUCCUGGAAAGUACUCGAUGGAGCUGAGCGCAGCUGCGUACAAGAGUAUGUGGAGAUUCGAUAUGGAGGCUCUACCCGCUGAUCUUCUUCGGAGGGGCAUGGCUGUGGAAGAUCCUUCAAUGCCCUGCGGAGUAAAGCUCAUCCUCGAAGACUAUCCGUAUGCUGCCGACGGUCUCCUCAUCUGGUCCGCAAUCCAAGAGUGGGUAGGAGAUUACGUCUCUCACUUCUAUCCCGACCCGAAUUCGGUAUCCUCUGACGUAGAGCUCCAAUCUUGGUGGGAGGAAAUAAAGAACAAGGGCCACGCCGACAAAAAGAACGAACCGUGGUGGCCGACGCUUAAAACCGACAAGGAUAUGGUCCAGAUCCUGACGACGAUGAUUUGGAUCGCGUCGGGGCAACAUGCCGCAAUAAACUUUGGACAGUACCCGUUCGGCGGGUACAUGCCCAACCGCCCGACGCUCAUGAAGAAGCUCAUUCCUCAGGAAGACGAGCCCGAGUACGAGAAAUUCUUACUGAAUCCUCAGCAAGUUUUUCUUUCUUCUGUGCCUUCUCAACUGCAGGCGACGCAAGUAAUGGCGGUGCAGGACACUCUGUCGACGCAUUCCCCAGACGAGGAGUAUCUCGGUCGGGUGAGCGAGUCGAACCCGAGCUGGAUCAGCGAUCGGCGCGUGUUGGAAUUGUACGAUAAGUUCUCUUCCAGGCUCGACGAGAUAGAGGACAUUAUCAACAAGAGGAACAAGGAUUUCCAUCUUAAGAACAGGGCCGGCGCCGGGAUUCCGCCUUAUGAGCUUCUCCUUCCGUCAUCGGGGCCGGGAGUGACGGGCCGUGGGAUUCCAAACAGCAUUUCCAUAUGACGUUUGAAACCGCGCAGAUCGAUUCCACGGUUUUCACGAUUUGCUCUGCCACAGAAUGUGAGAACUUAACGGUAUCUAUUCCUCUCAAGGAGGAUUUUGCUAUGUUGAACUCAAACCUAGUUAUUUGCAGCUGUUGAUGAUGUAUUUUCCUCUUUUUUCUCCCCUUCUUCUCUCUUUUGUCUUAUGUUAAAAUAAAGGUGUUUCCUAGUUGAUUUCUUUUGAGGAUUCAUGUAUCCGAUUUCAUUUCAUUUUAUGCAGGACUGUAAUUUGAGGGAGCACUUAAAACUCAUUAGUUCUGCGACAAUUCAUGUUGAACUGUAAUUAUCUUUAUGCU